UUCUCUGGGGAUGCUGUACGUUUCUCCUGAAAUUGUAGAUGCUUUAAAAUGAAUGAUUUUGCUAUUUGAGUGUUUUGUAUAAGGGAUUUCUUGGCACUUACACUUAUACUGUAUUACUGGAAAUUAUCAAAAAUAAAUGUGUUUACUCAAUCACCUAACUAUGAAAGCAUUUGGUUUGUUUCAUCAGUUAGAUUCAACAUCACCUCUCUCUGAGGAACGGUUAAAGUGUCUUCUGGAUGAAUGCACACUCAGACAAAAAUCCAUGAUUAGACUUUCUUCAGAAAGAGAAAAGGAAGACGUAGAGGAUUCAACAGCCCAGUCCCCCCAUCUUUCCAGAUCUGUCCUCUCUGAGCUACUAAAUGGGUCAGAAACAAAAGUCACCAGCACAGAGGUAAAAGAUGCAAAUAUGUCUGAGAAUGCAGAAUGUGAAACAUGUACAGGUUACUAUCUCACCAAAGCCUUGACUGGGCAUUACAUGUCUCAAGCACUUGUCAUCGAAGCAGAGAAUUUGAGAUGCCUCCCAUUUCCCAAGGACAAGGUUAUUAGUGACACAAAGGACUAUUUUAUGUCGAAGACUAUUGGCAUUGGGAGACUGAAAAGGCCCUCUUUCUUGGAUGAUCCACUGUAUGACAUCAAUGUGAGCCUUUCAUCUGAAGACCAUCGUCUGGAAGUCAGCUCUCCAGAGAAACCAAAAAUGGAUGAAGAGGAGACUGAAGAUGUGACAGAAGAUUGGAAAGAAUCUUGAGCGAUGACUUUCUGGGCGUGCUUGCUUUGAAGGAAGUUGGUAAAUUAAACUGUUUUCUGAAUUCUUAAAUUCAUUGACUGCAUCUAUAGAGACCAUUCCUCAAAUACUGAUUUUUAAUAUUUGGAUUCUCUCUUCCUAGGUUUUGCUUCUUUGAUAUUUUUGAGACAUGGGGUGCAUUUGGUCAGUGAUUUUUUUUCUUCACUGAAAUGCCUGGUGAAAUUGUGUUUUAUUGCUAAUCUUGCAACAUCAGGGAUAUGUUAUAAAAUCAACAUUUUAUGUAUGUGUGUGCUUUGUUAAAACUAGUUGAAGUACUAUGAUGACUUUGUAUUUGAUUUUAUAUGUUACAACUUCAUUGUGAUUUAGACAGAUGGAAUCACUAUGAAUUCUUACUUGGGCCCUGAUUUUCCAGCUUUCUUCCCGUUUGGUGCCUGUUAAGUACAACUUGCCAUAGAAAGAAAUGAAUUUUCUCAACAAAGCAAUGUUAGCAUGGGCUUUGCUUCCUUACUAGCAGUGGUAUUUUGCUCAAGCAAGAGUUUGAUUUACUUGAAUUACUUGAUUUUUAUUACCAUUUAUCAUCUUGCAGAAUUUGCCUUUUAGAAUGCAGCAAAUAAAUCAUCCAGAUUGGAAGGAGUUUAUAUGUCAGGAUUUUGAGCAGAGGUUCUGUGCUUCACUUUAAUUAAACUGCCUUAAUCACAUUCUCUCUGAAGCAAAUUCUGUGGCUGCGGGAUGGACUCUGAUGAUUGCUAUAGUCCAGGAUUCAUGCUUACUGUCCUAGAUGGAAGUUAGGUUAAUCUCCCUGGGAUAACCUCUAGAAACUAGGGGCAAUCGUAAAGAGUCAGCAGUAACCAUGAGUGUUGAGGAGGAAGUGAACAUACAUCCACUGCAAUUACUAACUUUCUACUUUCUCCCAAUGAGAAUACUAUGGUAAACCCUCUAAAUUUAAGUAGCUUGGAGACCAGAGGGGACAGAUACUAAUUAAUUAGUAAAAUAUUAAAUAAUUUGUUCUUGCUCCUCUCCAUUGGACUUACAGAUGUCAUAGAAAGAGACCACCACUUUCUAGGUGUUAACUUAAUACACAACUAUUAUGAAAGGACCAUAUGAAGAGAUCUCCUAUGACCUCUUCUAUGACCUUCUAAGGUCAUACUUAUGCGGCAGGGAUGGAUGAUAUUCUUAAUCAAAGCGCCAUAAGCACCACAUAGAGAGGGCAAAGGGAAGACACUCACACUUUUUUCUCCAGAGUACAUUAAAAAAAAAAAAAAAGUAGAAUGCAGCAAAUAAAGAUGAGCUACUUAAGAAAUGUUCUGGGGUACUAUUGAGAGAGAAGUUUUGUCUAGUUACAAGUCAGUAACUUGGAUUCAUGAGAAAAUUUUAUGUCAACACUUUAUACAAUGAAUUGGCAUGAAGUCCAAUUUAUUUCUGAUGAAAAAAAGGAGUUAGCUAUUGUGCUACCUUUAAUGAAGUUUGGGGUAAUAGGUAUGUAGCAUGAUUCUUUUUUGCUCACACACAUUUUUAUCUGCUGAUAGUUGAGGAUGUUAAUGAUUGCUUAUAUCACAUUUCCUUGACUUUGGAAAAUAAACUCUAUAGCUAUUACAUUUAGAGGAAUGGAUAAGCGAUUUCUUUUUUGGGCCUCCUUUUUCAGUUUACAUUAAACUUAACAAUGGUUCGUAUUGA